AUGGAGAAAGAUGAGAUCGUGCACGUCGAGAAAGCCGAAAGUGGCGACAGCGUCGCUGUGCAAGAUGAUGAGCCUGACGCGAGGAUGAAUCUGCAGGCAUAUCUGGCGCUAGCGGCCGUCUCCUCGCAAUACGUCGCCUACGUACUGACUCUCCUCAUGCCAUCCACGAUCGUCUCCUACAUCAAUGCGGACUUGGGCCCAGAUCCCAACUACACAUGGAUCAACGUCUCCUGGAAUGUCGCGGCGUCUGUUAUGGUCACUGUCGGAGGAAGGCUUUCAGAUAUCUUCGGUAGGCGGUACUUCAUGAUCGCAGGCGCUGUCAUAGCCCUGUGCGGUGCUGUUGUUGGAGCGACUGGGCAGAGUGUCAAUCAGAUGAUCGCGAGUGGUGUCUUGUUUGGUGUUGGAGGAGGACUGCAAGAGAUGACAUUCGCCUGUCUGCAGGAGAUCGUCCCCAACAAAUACCGCAUCCUCGCAAUCGGCUGCUUCGAAUCCACCGCCCUCCUCGCCUUCCUCAGCCCCAUGAUCGCCUACGCCAUGCUCGCCACCACCUCCCUCGGCUGGCGAGCCGUCUACUGGUUCCUCUUCUCCUUCGAAGCCUGCGGGCUCUUACUCGUCAUCUUCUUCUACAAACCACCAACAUUCCACACGAAGCAUCGAGCCGACGGCAAGACCAGGAUGCAGUUGCUCAAGGAGAUGGACUUCGUCGGGGUAGUCUUGUUCGCGGCCGGGUGUAUAUGUUUCUUGCUGGGGAUUAAUUGGGGCGGGCGGCAGUAUGCUUGGUCUAGUGCGCCGGUUGUGGCGACGAUUGUGAUUGGGGCUGGGUUGCUUGUCGUGUUGGGGUUGUGGGAGGCGUAUGCUGAUUUGAAGUAUCCGAUGUUGCCGCCGAAGCUGUUCAAGGAGGUGAGAGGGUUUACGAUGGUUUUGGUUAUUUGUUUCGUUGGCGGAAUGCUGUACUACUCCAUGAACGUCCUAUGGCCACGGCAGUCCGGUUUGCUCUUCGUCCCUGCCGGAAGACCCAUCAUCGCCGGGGUCUAUGCGAACAUGGUCUCCUUCGGAACGAUCAUCGCCGGGCCUGUUGUCAUAUUCUUCUGCCAGAAAGCUGGUUAUGAGCGGUGGCAGCAAGUCAGCUUCAUGGCAGCUCAAACAGCACUCAUUGGCUCUCUUGCCAGUGUGGGCGUUGGGGAUCGUGUGCAAGCUAUUGUUACGAUCAUUAUACUUGCGAUAACGAUCACACCGCCUCAGCUACUGUCCUUUGUCAUGAUCUCUAUGUGGAUAGAUGACCAGGUCGAUAUAGGAGUUGCAAACGGUCUUGCCUCGACGUUUCGUCUGAUGGGAGGUGCUGUAGCGACGGCGAUCUACAGUGCUAUCCUGAGCAAUCGAUUCGAGUCCGAGCUGCCCAAGAAAGUCAGCCCGGUCAUCCAGUCUCAUGACAUCCCUUCAGCUGAUGUAGCAGCAUUGCUUCAAGCUGCAGCACUCAACACUGCCGCAGCGUACGAGUCGCUGGUCGAGUCCAUUGGCGCGAGUGCGAGCGUGAUUGCGGACGUUCAGAUGGCUGUAAAGUUAGCCUAUGUGCAGGCUUUCAAGAUGGUGUAUCUUGUUGCCAUUGCCUUCGGGGUGGUCGCCAUCAUCUGUGCUGCUUUCACCAAGAGCAUUCCGAAGGAGAGGAAGACAAUGCAGCGGGCUGUACGAAUGGAAAACGAGAUAAGACAUGAAAAGUAA